AUGUCUGUGAUGAUAGCAAGGAAGAAAGUGAUACGGAAAUGGGAGAAGCUGCCAGGAAGAAACACAUUCUGUUGUGAUGGACGCAUCAUGAUGGCUCGACAGAAAGGCAUCUUCUAUCUGACCCUCUUCCUCAUUGUGGGAACUUGUGCUCUCUUCUUUGCUUUUGAGUAAGUUCACAGUGGUUGAAACUUUUGUUUGUGUGGGUGUUUUCAAGGCUGUGGUUGGUUGGAAUGGCUCCACUCUUUGAGUUGCUUUGACUGUUAGAAGAGUACAUAUUCAUUGGAAAUAUUGAGCUGCUGCCUGCUAUUGUAAGGGCAGAGUAGAUUGGUAAUCAGAUGUCUUUAUCCAUCUUGAGAAGUAUUUGUGAAACAAUGCUGAUAUUUUUAAAAUCCUUUUUUGAUUCAUAAUCUGACCCAGCCAACUCAAACUUGUGUGAAUAUAUUGGAAAUCAUUUUGCCUUUGUCUCAUGCAAGGGGAUGAAUAAGGGUGAGGCCCUUUAGAUCCACAGGGCCUUGUUAGCCUCUAUAAAGUACUGUACCACCUCUGAAAGGUGUUGUUUUUGGUUGAGGACAGAAGAUAUGAAUAUUGUAUCUUAGUGGUUUGCUGCUGCCAUUGUGGAUUUGAUAUGUGUGAGUUGCUUGUGAAAAGAUAAUCUGAUUAUGAUGGCUUGUAAACUAGGAAGUGGCAUUGCAGAAGAUGUUACUUCAGUUUAUUUAUGCCAAAUAUGCUUACAGCGUCAUUUGUGAGAACCAUUGGCUUGCUAACUGAACAGCUCAUCACUAGAGCUUAUGAAUCAUUUGGUAACACAAAGGGUCUGAAGUUUAUCUACUCAGAUUGUUGAAUGUCCAGGUUAAUAAACUUAUGGCUAGUCACUUACCCAGGACAAAUGAGUGUGCUUUUUUGGAAGGAGCUUUCCAGAUUAGCUAUUGAAACCAUGCCGCAAUAUAGUAUGCAUCAAGAGAGAUAUCUCUGAGUGUAGAUUAUGUGUUACUGUAAGUAAACUUUGGAGCCAAUAUUUGUAGAAAAAAAUAAAUAUAAGAAAUAACCUUCUAAGAAUCCCAUAGUUCACCUUGAUUGCAUUGUUGAGAGCUGAAAUUAGGAUCAUCUCUGGAAAUACAGUGGCACCUUGGGUUAAGUACUUAAUUCGUUCCGGAGGUCCGUUCUUAACCUGAAACUGUUCUGAACUUGAAGCACCACUUUAGCUAAUGGGGCCUCCUGCUGCCGCCACGCUGCCGGAGCUGGAGCAUGAUUUCUAUUCUCAUCCUGAAGCAAAGUUCUUAACCCGAGGUACUAUUUCUGGGUUAGCGGAGUCUGUAACCUGAAGCAUAUGUAACCCGCGGUACCACUGUAGGUGCUGGUUUUUUAACUCUUAAGAUGCAAUUGUUUUGAAUUCAUGUGUCAUUGCAAGAAAUGAUAUAAAGAAGAAGUUAUUGAGACUGGGAAUUUUUUGUGAAGGCUUCUAAACUUUGAUAUUAACAUUUUAUGUAGCCAAGCAUGAAGUCUGUCAACUAAUUAUAUCAGUGCAGGUUGCUAGAUUUAACUCUGCUGUCAUCAAGAAUCAGCUUAGAAGGCACCUCUUCGCACUAGCAAACUUGAAUUCUGAUUUGGAACCUAAACACGGUCAUAUUUGCUUUAUUCUGAAUGUCUCUUCUAAAAUCAUCAUUAUGAUCUGAUCCUAUGUACAUUUACUUGGAAAUAAUCCCCAGUAAUUAAUGAAAGAUGGUACAUUAUACAGAAAGAGGUUAAUAUAGAAUCACACAAUCACUUAAGGGUUAUGAUCCUUUGAUUUCUUAAUCGAUAUAUAUGUCCAGAUAUAUGUCCAGGUAUGUCCAUAUCAAGAUCCUGAAAUCAUGGAUGCUGCCACAGGUUCAGCCUUCUUUCUUAGAGAUUUUGCUAACUUACGUUUGUAAUGAGCCCCUUAAGACACUGUGCAUGUGACAUUCUGGCAGAUAAUAGACUGAUUGAUCCAGUUUCUACCCAGCAGCUGUUGCGCAAAACUAGAUUGUGUGUUGGCACUCACAUCAUUUCCAGCUCACCUUGCUAAGCACUCAAGCAUUUGCUGAUGAGAUGGAGGGAGGGGUAGGUAGGACUAAGCUAGUAUUUCUAAUCCAGCUUGGAAGAUUCAGGGCAGAUAAAAGAAAGUACUUCUUCACGCAGCGCAUAGUUAAACUAUGAAACUCCCACUCACUGGAGUCAUUAAUGGCCAGUAACCUGGAUGGCUUUAAAAGAGAGUUAGAUAGAUUCACUGAGGAUAAGGCUAUCAAUAGCAACUAGCUAUGACAGCUAUGUUCUAUCUCCACUGCCUGAGGUAGUAUUCCUCUAAAUACCAGUUGCUGGGAAUCACAAGUGGGCGGAGUGCUCCUGUGCUGCUUGCAGCCUUCCCAUUGGUAUCUGGGUUGGCUACUUUAAGAACAGAAUGUUGUACUAGAUGGGCCAUUGGCCUAAUCCAGAAGGUGGUUCUUAUGUUCAAAUUCCAUGCAUGUUGAGUCUCCAGGUUUAUCUGCCUGAAGGUUUACUUUGACUCUCUUCUAAACAUGAUACAAACAAGUUGACAGAUCUACCCCUAGGAGCCAGCUACCUGUGGGAAGCAUAUGAACUGAUGCUUCAGAACUAGCAUAAUAGAGUUUAUUGUUGUAUUUUAAAUCCUGCCUUUUCUCCAUUAAACUUAAGGUAUACAUGGUUCUCUUCCAGCACCACUUUUAUUUUCACAGUGCCACUGUUAAGUAGGUUAGGCUAAGACAGGGGUGAGGCCAUCCAGAUGCUGGAUUCCUGUCAGUGCCAACAAGCAUGGCCAUUGUUUUAGGAUGAUGGGAAUUAUAAUGUUGUUGUAAUGCAACAACAUCAGGAGGGCUCCAGGUUCCCUAUUGCUGCAGUAAGAGAUGGUAACUGGCUCAAGGUGAUCUAGUGACCUUCAUUACCAAAUGGGAAUUCAAACCAGGGUCUCUCUUGAUGUACAUACACUACUGUAGCUGCUAUACCUCACUGACUGUUGAGAAGCUGCCCUCUGAUCCUGGGUUUGGAGUAAUGAUCAUCACUACUGUCAUAGUGGUGCACAGCAAGUUAUUGCCAAAUUAGCAGCAGAUUCUGAUAAAACAGUGAACACCCAAGACUCCUUUGACUGUUGUGUGAUUUGGCAUCUUCUUGUUGAGUGACACAUGCUCCUUGAUGGGUCCUUGUUUGGGUAAGGUAGAUCCCUAAUUGAGAACACUGAACAUUUGUCAAGCCAUUUAAAUGUUUUUGACAAUAAUUGACUAUGGAUGGGAAGAAGUUUUGGAGUAACCAGGUCCUGGCACUUUGUGCAGCUCUGUCUCACUAUAUUAAUUUUAUUAUUUAUACCCCACCCAUCUAACUGGGUUUCCCCAGCCAUUCUAUUUUCUUGAUGCACAUUUGAAAGCAGAUUGUGCAGGGAUUUUUCUUUUCAUCUGUAAUGUUGGGGCAUGCUUUUAAAGGGAAAAGAAGAGUUUGAAUCUUCGUACCACUCCAGUUCUCUUGUGUUUCUCUAAGGUCCUGGGCACCACCUCCUUACGCAAAUACAAUAACAGAAAUGAGAACAGGACAUGGUGAAGGGUAAAAUCAAGGACUGCUAUGUACAUUCAUUGUGUACAUACCCUGGAACUUAUUGCUGAUUCUGUUGUAUUGGUCUAACCUUAGGGGUCAGGUUAAUUGGUUUAUUGCGAUUUGUUCCCCUUCUUGUGGUCAAAGUGAAACAAUUUUUUUAAAAAAAACCAUGUCACUUUUGAAAUGGCGUUGUGGAGAAAGUCUGGAAUGUUCAGUGUUUGAACCUGUCUUCUAGAGGAGGUCAAAUCAGUGUCACAGAUUCCUGAAAAUCUUAAUGUACUAUUCAUUUGACUGUUACUUGAGUUACUCUUUGGGUAGAAGAGUGCCUAUUUGCUGCUGUUUUAACUAUAGCAAUGUUGUGUUGCCUGCUGAAACUGAAUUAGGAGCUUGUUCAAGCCAUGGAAGAAAUCUCAGGACGCUUCUAUCCAUUUAUCCUUGGAUUAGAAACAUAAGUUAUACUGUGUCAGACCAUUGGUCUGUUUAGCAGCUUCAAAGUACGGGUCAGAGUUCUUUGUAAGAAACUUGUAAAGAGUCCUGCAUAGUGUUUUAAAGUCCUGUCAUUGCUUGGCAUUGUUUCAUCAGGUGAUUGACAGAUUGGUGGCCCUACCCAUUUGUCACAUUGGGCCCAUAGGAGGUAGGUGUGUGAUGAUCUGACCCACCAAACAGAUCCAGUUUCUCACCCCUGAUCUAGCUCAGUUUUGUCUACACUCUCUUGACAGCUGCUCUCUAGGAUUUUUGAUGGGUAUCUCCCUACCCUGUCUGCAGACACCUGGACUGAAUCUGCGACCUUCUACCUGCAGAUCAGGUGCUGUCCUAGAGCUACAGUCCUUUGGUGAAAGUCAGCUUCUCAAUUACUCUUUUUGGGGAUGCAUGUGUUCUCUCUAGUUACAAGAGCUAUCUAAUGUAAGUUUUAUUAUAUUCUGUUUGGCAUGACCUCAGUUUGCUCUGUUAUUGUUGUCAUGUGGCAACUUGGCUUUUGUCCCAGCAAGGUGUAGUCAUGUUUUGUAUAUGCACCAUCUGCCCUUCUGUUUUUAUUUGUAGAGCGCCUCCCAAAAUGUGACUUCCAAACCUGAUGCAGUGAAUUAAACCUUUGAAAAUGUGUCUUUUCUUGGGAAAUACUUGCACGAGCAAAAGAGAAAGGGAAAUAAACCGUCAUUCAGUUUAAUCUUAGUGUAGCCAUGCUCACUUGAGCUUGGAUAAACAGACCCCAUGUUCCUAUGCUCUGGCCACUUCGCUUCACAUCUGCCAUUGAUUACUUGCUGACACUGCUACACCUCUUAGCAUUAGCACCUAAACCUGGGACUAGCAGCUUAAAUCCCCCUGGCUGUGUAUUGGUUCUGUAGUUUUCAAAGAGCUACUGGCCUUUUAAAGCAAAGGGGUGUGAGAGACUGUGCUGAGAGAGUGUGUCACUGGUACAACCAGCGUAUUUGGGAUUUCUGCAUGGGAAAGAAGUGCAGACCCACUCCUGACUGUAAAUGACCCAGCAGUUGUAUAUAACAGGUAGGGAGAAGAAGCUGCAUAGACAAGUGGAACAGGAGAUGAAUGAUCAUCCUCAACAUUAUUAUUCUUCACAAGGCUGUGUCAGUGGGUGUGUGACUUGCUCUUUGCUGCCCAGUAGGCAUUCAUUUAAAACUGGUAUGCCAUGUAGUCUGUUUUCAGUAAUGUGUUUUGCUAUUUUGCUAAUGCGAUGCGACUGUGUCAAGACACAUUUGCUUCCUGGUACAAUUUGAUCAUGACUAUUUAAGCCUUGCUAUUAUGAUAGUGAUGUGGCAAAGGAGGCAUGCCCAGGAGAGCCUCUUACAUCCCCUUCUUUGCCCAACUCUGCACAACAGCUGUGCAGUGUUAUCAGUUGGGUCCUGCUCUCCGAUAGUUGCUGCCACCCUCCUUUUUUGUCACCCACAGCCCCAGAAGCAAGGGGGAAAACUGAGCAUGUACAGAAUUAAUUUCUAAAAAGGUUCUGAGCCAGUGUACUCUGCAGUCCUUGGUUCAACUUGCACACAACUUGCUGGGAAAAUCAGGGCUAGCUUCCAAUUGCCUUCUCCUACUCUGAUAUCACGGCAGCUUUCUUGUUUCCCUGUCAUACCCCCCCCCCCAAACUUCCUAAAGCCCAGGAAUUCUGGGACCAAUGCACCCUUCAUUUCCCAGACAGUUACCUUCUAAGUUAUUCAGAGUUUAAAGGCAGUCCACACUCCCUAAGACUCACCCAGAUGGCACAUGGAGAUUUUAGAAUCCUGAGAUUGGCAAUUGCACACACAUCGGUGGCCAAAUUGUGAAAUUUUAUUAGAAGUAAUAGAUAGAGGAGGAGCAAGUGGAAGGUAAAAACUGAAUACAGAAUAAACCAUAGCACUGUGGCUCUAAAACUGGGCUAAUCCUAAUUCACCCACUACAAUAUAAUACUUCUAAUAUAUUUAAGAGUAGGCUUCAAGGAUGGUCAGCUUCCCAGUGGCAUGGAAAUCCCAAUCUUCAACCCCCCCCCCCCCAAAAGGCAGGCAGCUCAACUUUUUAAAGGCUCUUUACCUCUCUUUUGAGGGAAUGACCUUUGACUCUUUCUAACCAAUGGGGAGCCAGAGCUAGUUGGGCAGAUAACUCAAGUCUCCCAGGUAGGCAUCUUAAUACCUUUUUGCAUUUGAAGAGCAUGUGAGGAAGGUAUAUGACAGCUUGACUUAGGAAUGGUGGGGCCAGGAGAUUCUUCCUUCACAAGUGGGACUUGCUUGUUGCUUUUGCUAGUGCUGCCUCGCUGGCUGGUGUUUGGUUUUGUGGAGGAAAGCCCGGCAAGCUAAACAUUAUUUAAUAGGGAAGAACCCUUAUAUGAUAUCCUGAGAGGGGAGGUGGAAUUCCCAAGGAAGCUUAGUGGGCUGGCAAGAGUUUCACGUGAUGUGUAUGUCUUCCUGAUGAGUCAUGACUCUGUCCAAUUUCUUUCUAAAGUUAUUCUACCUAGAGAUCUGUCUAGUGAAAUAGAUCUGGAUAUAUUAAGUGACUUGUGCACAUGUAGAAAAACAGGACUUAAAAUGUGAGUCUUGGAACAAGAAAUGACAAAGAACAGGCUUUUUUACUUGACACCAAGAACAGAGAUUCUCUUUUAGGGUGAUGCACAAUGAACCUGCAGGUUUGGCUAGAUCAGUUUCAUAAAUGAUGGUAUGCAAAAUUCCUGUCAAAGUACCAAGCUUCUGUGUCAUAGUUGUGCCUACAAAUAAGGUUUUUUUAAAAAGUCUUUUGCUCGUAUUUCCAUGAAUGAUUAAAGUGCCCUUUGAAUUUGAACAUAUUCCCUGCCUGCUACCAAACUUCUAGUGCUUUCAAAUAAAAAUUUCCAUACUAAAUAUUUAAUCUCUCUUUUCCCCCCAGAUUUUUUUAUUGGUUUUCCAAAUUUAUAAUGAACACACAAAGAAAACAUUACAAUAAACAAACAAACAUAUAUCUUAACUGUUAAAGACCCAAUUUAAAUAACAUUGUUAAAUGACUUCCUCAGAUCCGCCCUAACUAUGUUUCCAUAGUACUCAUUUUAGCAGUUUUCCAAAAUCCACUUUCAAAUAAAAUUAACUUGUUCCAUUAACAUCUUUCUUUCUUAUUAGUCUUAUUAGUCCAUAAUGUUAUACAAUUCAAUCUAUUUUACUCCUAGGCCAAUUUGUUACUUACAAGUAGUUCUACUUAAAUUAUGUUAGAAUAUCUAGCCAAAUAGUCCUUGAACUUCCUCCAUUCUUUUUGAUGCUCCUCCUCCUUCUGAUUGUGGGUUCUUCCAGUCAGGUCAGCCAGCUCUAAAAAGUUCAUCAUCUUCAUCUGCCAUUCCUCCACUGUUGGUAUUUCUUGUAGCUUCCAAUUUUUGGCUAACAAAAUUCUUGCUGCAGCUGUGGCAUACGGCUAAAUAUUUAAUCUCAGAUAUUGGAGGCAUGUUUUCACUGAAAGGGUUGUGGCUGGCAAUCCCACUUGCUAGUAAUGUGAAGGUUGCUUGGAGUACAGAAGAGUGCAUUGAAAAGUAUUUCACUGUGGAUGCUGAUGAGCUUUUAGCAUUGAUUGAUUGAGGGGUGGGAAAGUCACCACUUGCCUGGAUUUGGGUGGUGGUUGCUGCUGCUCUUGCAUCUGUUCCUUCUAUUUUUGUGUUUAACACUAUUGGUUGGUUGGAAUUUCUAUUACUGUAAGCUGCCCGGGUGCCAGUUGGAAAGAUUUUAAGUAUGGUCCAUAUACUGAAAAUUUCCUAUUAAGGGAUGGAGGGAGAGGCAUGGGCUGUUUUUGUUACUUGGUAGCCACUAUCAAAUGGGGCUUCUGUUUGGCUUAUGGGCAUAUUGGACAUUCAGCUAAAGAUUCCUCUUUCUGGGGUUCUUCCCAUAUUCUCUCUAAUGAGGGCGUGGAAGGAAAUUCUGUCUGUCAGUUCCAGUUGAUUUGUUUUAAUGGUGACACAAGUUUAGCUGGCUGAUGCACGUGACCCCACCCUUGUUCAUAUGGUGGUGUUUUUGUUCUGAAAGUUUAAUUUUAGUUCGCUAAAGAGAGCAUAUCAGAUGAGUAAUGAAACAAGCCUUCUGAAUGUUUGGAAUGCCAAAAAUAUGUGUGAAGCAACAUUAGAAUGCUGGGAGAAUGUAGUUGCUGGAGUGGAUUUCUGGUGGCUUGUGCAAGUUACUGAUUUCUAAAGUACUAGACAUGGGGCCAAAUAACAAUAUAAUUCAUUCUUCUUUCUUAAAGUGUGUUUAAAACUGACCCACCUUUAUUUUGGAGAAAGCAGCUGUGAGACUCCAUUCCAGGUUGGUGGCCCAUAGCAGUGUACUCCUGAAAGGUAGGAGUUUUUGAACAGAAAACUGCUUCUGGUUCCUAAUCUGGAUUGGGGCCCCACAACAUUUUCUUCCAAAUAAAAGUGCUCAUAUUUAAGCACACACUUUUUAUGAAGUGUAAAUAAUGUAACAUGUAUUUAGCCCUCAGAUAAGCUGGUUUGAAAACAGUAAAGACUUGUCCCUGAUACUAGUAAGAUCAUCUAUUUUCUUCCAAAUAAAUACUCUAAAAUGGCACAGGAGGCACUGGAACAUUUGCAGUGGUUUUCCAUUUCCGAAGGCUGUUAAUUAGCCUCCUUGACCUUUCAAGUUGACUCCUAUCUCAAUUAUAAUUCCUUCCCUCCCUUCUAACAAUUGUUAAAACAGGUACUGUUGUAAACACCUCAUUCUUAAAAGCAGAAUUAUUUGUGCAAAAGAAGUAUGUGCACACUUCCAUGAUUAAUUAUUCUGACUCCCAAAUUCAGAAUUGAGGGGUCUUGUCAUAUCAGUGAGCUGUUAAACCAGAGGUAGAAACUUGGAAAUGGUGUCGCAGCAUUUCUUGUUAGAUAUUAAUUCAAUAGGAGAGUGUGUGUAAAAAAAGAAAACGGGGGGGGGGGGAGAGAGAAGAGAAGGCUUCCAGAGAGUCAGCUGUUCUUCAUGGGUUGUGCUCCCUCCAUGCAGAGGUUGUUCCCUGCUGGCUCCAGCAGGGAUGUGGAGGCCGCAGAGCUACUGUCAGCAUCCCACUUCCUGCUUUUGCUGCAGGAAAGGGGUUGUCUCCCCCUCUCCUUUGUUUCUCUUGUUCUUGCUAGAUUUUCCUCCACAGUUUACCUACCUCCUUGUUGUCUUAGUGAUAGCAUCCUUUUGGGCAGGAACAUUGUUAAGAUAGGCAUAGGAUAGACAUAGUGAUGCUCUGCAGAUCUCUGUUUCCUGUCCUUUUUUUUUUUUUUAACUGUAAAAGGUCGGGAUGGUGAUGCAAAGGUGCAUGUUGUAGCAACCAUUCUGAAAGUAAGCUGGUGGUCCCAGUCCAAUCAGCACUUGGGUGGGAUACAUAUUUUGCAGUCAGAACAUCCCAGGCUCAGUCCUACCAGGUAGGCCUGGGAAAGACUUCCUGUCUGAAACCCCGGAGAGCUACUGCCUGUUACUGUGUAGACAAUACUGAAUUAGAUAGACAGCUUUCAACAUCCAGGAACCCUCUCCAUGUCACCUUCAGUUCUGACUGGAAGAAGGUGGGAUAUAAAAUGGAAAUAAAAUCCCAGGUGGUGGCUGGAAGUGGGUGUCAUUAGCUGUUAGAAAAUGGUACAGUGUGCCUAUUCUCAUACAGGGCUUUUCUCCUCUCCCUCCCACCCCAUUUACAUCUCUAAAAGUAAUUGCUGUUUGAAUCCCUUGUAUUUUGGUGCCCACAAGGCUCGGAUGCUAGAAUGGAAAGUCCAGCCUAUAUUAUGGAUGCAAAUACAUUGUACUUGAGGGCUGUUCAAAAACAUUGUGCUUUUGCCAGAGUCUUGCCUUUCAAAAGACUGCCCUUUGAUUUCAGUGCUUCCUGGGGCAGAUAAAUGCUUUCAAACAUUAACUUUCAAACAUAGGUAUAUGAGAAGGCCCCAAAAGUGUGCUGUGUAGACUUUGUUCGAUUAUCAGACUUCACUAGCAUUUGCUCAGCUUUUUCCUAGUUCUUCUCGUCAACAAACAAUGGAACUGAAAAGUGUAAUUUUUAAAAAAAUGGCAGAGUUAAAAUCAUGUUUUGAAAAGAGGGGUUCUCAAAAUAAAAACACAGAAAUCUGCAGCAAAUAUCAGUUUCUACCCUCCAGCCAGGGGACUUGGGAAAUCCAUGGCGUUUGCUUUAAUUCUGAUUCUAUUGGUACAAGGUCUUUUUUUCAUGCCUCACUGCCUCUGAGCAUCAAGGAGACAUGAAGUCAAAGGGCAACAUUUUAAAGCAAUUAUGUUGGUUUGUUUUUUUUAGCCCCACCCCCCAAGCAUAAUUUGGCACACAACAGGCUUUGUGUCUGAUUUCAGUUGCUAUGGGCUUUUCUCUCAUUACAGGUGUCGCUAUCUUGCUGUCCAUCUGUCCCCAACUAUCCCUGUUUUUGGAGCUGUCCUCUUCCUAUUUGCAAUGGCUACCCUCCUGCGCACAAGCUUCAGUGACCCAGGAGUGAUUCCUCGAGCCUUGCCUGAUGAGGCAGCUUUCAUUGAAAUGGAGAUUGGUGAGUGGGUGGCAUCUUUCUCAAGCUUUCCAAACAUAGUUCUAGCCUGUUCUGUGCCUUCUUCAAACCUUCCAAGCAUAGUUUAACCACUUGAGUCUGCAGGUAUGGAAAGUAUUCCCUCUCUGCUCCUGGAUGAUGAAAGGUAUGAGAGGGUAGGGUCCUGGCCAGAGAUAUGGGCACACACCACUUACCUUAUGCUGCAUACCAGGGUGCUGAACCCAUGGGCUUAAUCAGGCCUGCCAGGCUGUCCAAAGUGGCUUGUCAGCCCCCCUGUAAAUGCACCUUUCCCUCCCUUUGUGCACUGCCUUUGCUAUGACAUCAGAGUGCUUUGGAAACAGGAAGUGCUCCUUCCUGUUUCCUGAGCACCUCUAAGCCAUUAGCAAGAGCACAAGGGGAAGAAUAAACACUGGCAAUAGCAGGAAGAAGUGUCUUUGCUUCCUCCCAGCCCAACCCUGUGAUGGGGAACAAAAUUAUGAAGAAGACCACCAUCUCCAAAGAGCAGAGAUUUAAUUUUUGUGGAGUGGUUUGUGCAUUGUGUGUGAGAAAGAUACCCUUAUAUCUGUCUAGUUGUCUGCCUGGGUGGGUGGUGAUUAUGCUGUGUGAGAGAGUGUAGACUGGUAGUGCCCACUUUCACUUUUACCCUGGCAUACAGCUCUCAGAAGUUUGACUGAAAAUGGUAGUGACCCCUGCCUUAUUCAAAGUGGUUUUCAUUUGCAGAGGCAACCAAUGGGACUGUGCCUCCAGGCCAGCGGCCACCCCCACGCAUUAAGAACUUUCAGAUCAAUAACCAGAUAGUGAAGCUGAAAUACUGCUACACAUGCAAGAUCUUCCGUCCACCACGUGCCUCACACUGCAGCAUCUGUGACAACUGUGUGGGUGAGUAGUGGGACUGUGAUUGUGGUUGAAAAAAGAAGCUUAAUAAAGGAGUUCUCCUGAUAAUCUGUGACAGAGGUCACAAGAAAACUGUUGUAUAUUUACUACAAAUAAAGAAGCUCCCUGCUGUAAAUGGCUGAAUUCUGUGUCCUGGUUCUGUUAGUCACGGAAGGAACACUGAAUUUCCAUCUUUACAAUAUGUAAAAUUUGACCAGGCAUGGUCUCCACACCUUCAGUCCUCUGUUCAGCCAUAAGGGCUAGGAACUUGAUUUUGGUUUUGUUACAUAAAAGCAUUCUCAGUUUUUUUACAUUCUCAGUUUUUGUUCUUGGUGCCUAGACAAUCAUCAGGCAGUCUGGGUGUGCUGUGAUCUGGAACCUAACCAACAGCAAGGUUAGGUUACCUCUUCCUGAGAGUAGUGCAUCGGCAGUUGUGUUUAAGAGUUGUCACAGAUUCAGAGGGAGGAGGCAUUGCCCUACACCAAUCCCCUCCCCCCCGCCAAAAAUAAAUAAAUCCAUGUGGUAAAACUGCUUGUUCUAUACCUGUGAAAGGUUAGAAAAGAAGUGUAUUUUUUUUUCCUGGGAUGUGGCCACUUCGGAUAUAAUCACAAAAGCCUCCUUCCAAAAGGGCAGUUUUUACCAUGUGGGUUCUAAAGCGAAAAGUUGCUCCUUGGCAGUUCUCCCACCCCAAAAAUGGGUAUGUGAAUCUGUCCAUUAGCAACUUAGUACAGGAAAUUGCAAUGUAUCUUUGACAUGUUAGUGGAAUUCAAAUACAUAUAUAUUUAUAUAUGUAUGUACUGACUUCUUGCUGAGAGUUAUACGGCUAGGGUGGAGAGGUACAGCUAUGGCUCUGCUGAUGUGCUUGUCUGGCUCUUGCAGAGCGGUUUGAUCAUCAUUGCCCCUGGGUGGGCAACUGCGUGGGAAAGAGGAACUAUCGUUACUUCUACCUCUUCAUCCUCUCCUUGUCUCUUCUCACAAUCUACAUCUUCUCCUUCAACAUUGUCUACGUUGCCCUGAGUGAGUCCAUGUUUUUGGCGGGGGGGGCGGAGGAGGAGAAGAGGGGCUGUGUUGCUGGUGAUUGAAAGAUCACUUGGGAAGGGGGUGGUUUUAUUGGGAAACAAUACCUGCUCUUCCUGGUUUGUUUGGCACCUGUAGACUAACUAACUUUUCUCCUUUCACAUAGAAUCCCUGAAGAUUGGCUUUUUGAAUACUCUGAAAGAAACCCCAGGGACAUAUCCUUUUUGCUUCCGCUGCAGCUGUCUCUAACCUGCCUGUUGCAGGUGGAGAAUGAGAGAGACCAUCUCGAAUGGAGGGGCAUCAGGGUGGGGUUGUCUGCAAUGUGGGGGGAAGCUAAGCCAUCUGUAGUUCAGUUCUUGUUCCCUAACUCAGCUGCUCACAGUCCUGGAGGUUUUGAUCUGCUUCUUCACACUUUGGUCUGUCGUGGGUUUAACUGGCUUCCACACUUUUCUGGUAGCACUGAACCAGACAACUAACGAAGAUGUGAGUGUCAAUACAAAGAUACACCCCUUCCAGCAAGCAGCCUUCCAGCUGUGACUCCUCACACUCUUUGUAGGAAGGCUGCUAAAUGCAAACAUGGGCUGGGAAUCUUGAUGGGCAGGAGUGGUUAAAUACCAUCGGAACAUGGUCCAAAACAUCUCUUGGAUGGAUUUGAACUAAAUCAGAUUCCUUCAAAUAACAUUGCAGAACCUUUCUUUUAUUUUGUUUUUAAAAUCUCUAGUUCUUUCUGAAAUGUUUUAGAGGUUUGGGGAAGGUGCAGCUCUGGCUUCUCUACUUUGGGAGCCUCUUUUUCAGUCAUAGCCUCCAGAGACUACCAAACUGAAAGAAACUUUUUCAAGUGCAGAUUAAUAGGCAAGAUAAAAGUUUUGCUGGACAACAGUUUGUCGAGUCUUUCAGUGACGUACCAGAUUCUGGGACAUGGGCAUAGCCAGGAUUUAUGUUAGCGCGGGGGGGGGGGAGGCUGGGGAGGGGGCAAAACUGAGUUGUCUGUGAUGCGAUUGGUCAGUUAAGUAUUUUUAUUAUUUAUAUGAUGAUGGGCAGCUGCACCACCCCACCCCCAGCUGCGCCCAUGUUCUGGGAGCAAAUCUGCUCUGUAAAUGAGAAAGGUUUCUAUUAGGACCAAAGUAAUUAAGAAAGCAGCAGGGACCAAAAUUUCCGGGGAGGCGCCUCCGGUAAUGGCGGAAUUCCUCUGACCGGGAGGAAUCUGCUCCGUGGGAAUCUGGGUCUGGUCGCCACGGCGAAGGCAGAGACCCGUUAAAAUCACAGGCGGGAGAAGCCUGUGGACGUGGGAUUCGGCGGGCACCUUUUGCGCCUCCCCCACUCGCGGGGAACCCCAGUUUUUGGGGCUCUGGAGCGACGUGGGGUGAGCGGCGCGGUGCAUCGAAUUGUCUGCUUCUUCCACGGAGCGAAGCCGCAUAGCUGUUGCCGGAGAGCGCUGACCUUUUCCUGUGGACAAUUUGACUUUAAAGUAAUUACCUGUGAGUAGAGCUGAAGCGGAAGAAUUGGAUUUCUAAAUGUUUAAUUUGGUACCGUAACGGGGAGGUUCAAAACAGGAAGUCCACCUUCACCUUUUGUAAAUAGACUGAGGCAAUGAAGUUGCAAGCUGCAGUCUUGGAAGGUCUUUUGUAAAAGAUCAAAUUUCCAACGGUAAAGGACAUUAAACCCCCUCUUGGAGGCAGGAGAAGAGAGGGGGAAGUUGCGGAUUGAGUAUGCCUGCGGGAGAGAGCGAAGAGACUUAAAACACCGCCGCUCUUACCCUGGAAACGGGCUGCUAGUAGGACUGAUGUCUUUUGGAAUGUUCAUUGACAGCGUUUAGAAUGUUCAUUGACAGCUAGUUAAAUAAGAGAAAUACAUUGUUUCUACUGUCUCCGGCUGCUUUAAAAAGGAGUAAAAGUAACUGAAAAUUGAAACUAAUUUGAAACUAACUUUGGAUUGUUUAAAAGAGGAUACUAUUGACUAUUACAAAUAGAAACUGUUUCCCCCUAGUGGAAGCCUUUGAAACCGGUUGCUUUACAAGAGCUCUUUACAAGAGCUGGACUAGGGGAAUUUCCAGCUGCAAGUUAAAAACCGUGAGACUCUGGGACUGACCUUGAAUCUUUUAAGUGUUAUGGUAAAUGGAAGAGAAAAAACAGACCAGUCAACUGCUGACAAAACAUUAAGGUCUGGGAGGACUUGGUAACAAUCCAGGAGAGGUCUAUCAUUAGGCCCUCCUGCUCCUUCUGUUGUUGUCUUUGUACUAGUAUAUUUAAAACCAAGAGGAAUGUUGACAGAAGAGGCUUUAGUGGCUGCAUUAUAUAAGAUAAAUGACUCAUUGGAUCAGCUUCACAGGAAAAUGGACAUGAUAAAUGCGAAAGUGGAUGUUUCAAUUACCAAAAUUAACUUAAAUACAGAAAGUAUAAAUAAUACCAAUACAGAAACCACCCAGAAAUUGAUACAAGAACCUAUUUUGAUAUGGCAAACUGUGGAGGAAGUCAGGGGAAAAGCUGUUGCUGCUGAAGGUAAAGUAACACAACUGGAGAGAAAGAGAAAGAGAGCCCCAGCCCUACAGAGGCAAUUGGAUGAACAUAAGUUGACGCUUGCUAUGACUGAACUUAAAGAAAAACACACGAAUUUGAGGAUUAGAGUUCACCUUUGGUGGACAUGCCCAAGGAUUCAGACACUCUGGGAGAUGAUUCAUAACGAAAUGAAAAAGGUAUUUAAAUAUACCCUUUCGGGGGACAUCCGGGGUGGCGCCAUCGGCAAUGGCGGAUUCCCUCUGAACUGGAGGGACCAGCUCCACGGGAAUCGGGUCUUUUCCGCUACGGCGAAGCGGGGACCCAUUCAAAAAUCACAGGCGGAUGAAGCCAGAGACCAAGGCACUCUGCCGGCACCCUUAGCGCCCCCCCAACCCGCAAAAGAACCCAUUAACGGGCUCCGGAGCGAAGAGGGGGAAGUGGCGCGGUGCUGAGAGUCAACUGCUUCUUCUGUGGAGCGAAGCCGCACAGCCGUUGCCGGAGAGCGCUGCCUUUUUCCUGAGACAAUCUGGCUUCUAAAAUAAUCACCCGUGAGUACCUAAACUCGGACAAUUGGACUCUAAAUAAGGACUUGUGAGCAGAAAGGAAAAUUGGACUUAAAAGUUUACCUUAAUUUGGCGCUGAAACGGGAAGGUCUAAACAGGAAGUCAGCCUUCCGUUUCUUUGUAGAUAGAUUAAAGCAAAGACAUGGCAAACUAGAGCUCAGAAAAUCACCUGUAAAAGAUUAACUUUCAUCAUUUAAAAUUGUUGAACCCCCUUCAGAAGCAGGAGAAGAGGGGGGAUUUUUUCGGACUGUUUAAAUCUGCAGAAGUGAGGGUAAAGUAAAGUAACUUUCCACCGUCCUGAUCCUGGAGCGGGGUGUUAGGACUGACGUUUUUUGAAGCUCAUUGACCAGAGACAACGUUUUUGACAGAUAGCUAUAAGAAGAGAAACUUUGACUCCAUUGUUCCCCUUCGCUUCUUAAAGGAACAAAUAUUGACAAAAUAUCUGAAAAAGGAAACUUUGUUGCUAGACUUGUCUUUAAAAGAAAGAACAAAUAGAAGUUUUCCCCUUAGAGGGAGACUGUGAAACUGUAACCAACUCCGGGGAGCUUGCAGCUGUUACAGAUUACAAUCGUGGGAAUAGACAUCUGACCUUGCAGGACAAUGUAUUCAGAAGCUCUGUUGUGUGCUUUCUAUAAAACAAAUGCCCUACUGGAACAGCUACAUGAGAAGACGAAUUUGAUGGCUGAUUCGAUUAGAAAUUUUGAACAGGCAGUGGGAAAUUUUGAACAGGCAGUGGGAAAAUAUGUGGAGCCCACCCAGGAAUUAAAUCAGGAGUGUGCCCUGACAGAACAGGCCCAACAGGAACAUGAGCUUUCGGAUUUGACAAAUGAACUUGGAAAAAGCCAGAUUUCGAAAGAAAAAGUUUGGUUUGGUUUGGAAAUGGGGGGCUGGAUAGACCCCCCUAUACAGGGAUGUUUGGACUUUUCAAGUCUGGCAAUGGGCCGUGAGAUGUUUGGGAUUGUGGGGGCUCCUAAUUUUGGAGGGAUUUUGAAACAUGUUCUUAAAUACCACAUGGAAUUUAGUGUGGAUUAUGGAAAAGGGGCUGAUCUCCUCGACAAGGGUCAAAAAUAUUGUUAAGCUGGAGUUCCCACGAGUGAAACGAGCAAGAGAUAAGGGAAAAUACAGUUACAAAUAUGAAGAAGAGCUGCGGAAGGGACAUGGAAGAGACUUAAGGGCCUCGGAUAUAAGGUUACCAGGUUAAUGCGCUAGAUCGAUGGGAUAAUAAGGACUGACAAAACCCGGGACCAGGAGGAAGGGACGCUGGAUGAAGAUUGGAUUGUUUUUAUUACAUUUAUUCUCUACUAGGACCGAUUUAUAAAAUUGAUGAAUGUUAGAAAAAUGUUGGAAUGAAAUUACUUGGCUUUAGUAAAAAUGUUUAAAGAAUUAUGUAAGAAUAUUAUGGUUAUGAGAAGUUGGUAAAAAUAAGAUUUAAGUUUUAAGUUUCAAGGUUUUUUAUAGUAAGAUAAGAUUAAAAUAGUUUAAGGUAAUGUAAUGACAGAAUAUUAUGAAAUAUGGAAAGGAUUUGCUGCGACAAUUAACAACUAGGAUACAAAAAAAGGGAGGAGGAGGAGGUCAAAGAAAGAAGGUAAUGACAGUUGAGGAUUUGAGAAUAAUGGAUUUGUUUUUAAAUGUUUGUGGUGUAUUUUUUUUUUUUAAUUUGUAUUGUUGGAUGUGGUUUGUUUUUUUCUUCUUUUUUUGUUCUUUUUCUACUUUGUUUUCUUUUGUAACUCUAAAAAAAAAAAAUUCCAAUAAAUAUCAUUAAAAAAAAUAAAUAAAUAAAUAUACCCUUUCGAAGAAACCAGAGGCCUUUCUCCUGGGCAUGGUCGGCUAAUUGGUGUUAAAGAAGGAUAGAAUUUGUUUCAUGUAUGCAACAACAGCAGCAAGAAUACUCAUUGUGAAGUACUGGAAGACACAAGAUUUAUCCAUUCGGGAAGAAUGGCAGAUGACGUUGAUGGACUAUAUGGAAUUGGCGGAAACGACUGGCAGAAAUCCGAGACCAGGGAGAAGAGUUGGUGGAAGAAGACUGGAAAAAGUUUAAGACUAUUUAUAGAAAUACUGUAAAAAUAAUGAAUGUUAGAAAAAUGUUGGAAUGAAGUUAUAUGGCUUUAGUAGAAAUGCUAUAAGGAAUCAAGGAUAAAUAGAUUAAUAGUGUAUUAAAGGGAAAAUAAGGCUAGAAUAUGUUAAGAUAAUUAUAGGAUAGAAAACAGAGGAAGAUGGAAAGGAAUUGCUGAAAUAAUUAAUAGAAGUGGGAAACAAAAAGGGAGGUGUGAGGAGGUCGUGGAAAUAAGGGAAUGAAAGAUAAGACAUUGAAAUUGUUUUGUGUUUGAAAUGGUUUGUGUCUUGCUUUGUCAGUUUUAUGUUUUUCUUCUUUUUCUUUUUUUUCUUCUUUUUUUGUCUUUCUGUUUUGUUGUGUUUAAACGGUUGAAAAUUAAUAAAUAUUAUUUUAAAAAAAGAAAAAGAAAAUGAUUGCCUUUCCGAAUCUGGACUGCGAUAUUUAAAACCUCUAUUCAUCCUGUUUUAUAUACUGUAUAAUGUACCAUAUACACAAUAAAAAUUGGUUUGGUUUAUUUAAAAAAAAGAAAGAAAGCAGCAGGGACCAUCCUCUUAGAGUAGUGUAAGGGGAGAGGGAGAAUUAGGAUAACAAGACAGGUGCUUUUUUGGUUGGGGGUGGGGGGAGGUCUGUCAUCAUGCAGAUGAGUGCUAAUUUUGGUGUUUGGUCUUCCUUCCACCUUUUGCUGUUCUUUCAGAUCAAAGGUUCCUGGACAGGGAAGAACCGUGUGCAGAAUCCCUAUAGCCAUGGCAACAUUAUGAAGAACUGCUGUGAGGUCUUGUGUGGCCCUCUGCCUCCCAGGUAAUGGUCUGAUUUGGGCUUGGAUAUUACAUUAUGCCUCUGAGAAUAGUGCUGGGCAUAGUAGGGUAUGGGGUGCUUGGACUGAAGGCCCUCAUGUGCAUCUAAGUGAUGAGAGACUAAUGGCAGCUUCUGGGAAUUGGGUGGGAUAAUCUUCCUCCUUGACUACCAGCUCCAUAUUUUAAUUCCUCCUGUUUCCAUCUCCCAGUCUUGUUUCAUGUUGAGGUUACAGGGAGAUAUGGACAGAUCCAUCUGUUUCCAGUCCAUUUAAUUUAAUUUAUUUUAAAUAUUCUUGACCCACCUCUCAUCACAAGUGAUCCCAAAGUGGGGUACAAUAACUCAAUUUACAAGUAAUAUCCAUCAGCGCAGUAAUAUAAAAUAAGAGCAGAAAAAACCAAAUAACUAAAACAACCAGUUAGAAUGGCAGAAACAUUUAUUUCUACUAAUCUGUAGAACUGAUAGCAAUUAUGCUCCUAUUUGAGGCAUAUGGCUGAAGAUACUUUUACAGACACAUGCACAAAAGCUGAUCACGUUAUAGUUUAUUACAUCUGGCAUGGGGAACUUGUGGUCCUUCAGGCAUUGUGGGAUUAUAUAUGUCCUCAUUCCGUGUCCCUCGGGUGUGGUGGCUGAGUCUGAUGGAAGCUGAUGUUUUAACAACAGGGCCACAGGCUCAUGUCAGUUCUGCAGGUGUUGAUUUAUACAUCUGUUCCAUUCACUUUCCAUAUGAAUGUCAUUAAAAAAAAAAACAUAAUUGCAUAGUACUUAGAAUGUAUUUCAACAACAUAUAUUUAACAACUUGUUUUAUUUCUAAGUACACAUUAUUUUAAGGUGGGUUUUGGUACUUGGUGGUGGUUGUUUAGUUCAAGCACCAUAAAAUUCUAUGAUAACCACUGAGGGUGGACAGCUGGACAGAACUGGACAGCUAAUCAUGUUCUGAUAUGUAUAUUAGUCUAUGAGGUGCGGUGUGUGUGUGAAAUAUCACAUUCCAGGGAAAUGGAUAAGACAGCUUACAUUGCUACUGCUUCAUUGGGCUAGUUCCUUGCUGCUCUUCCCAGUGGAGCAGGGAAAUCAUGUCUCAAGCCUUCUGUGUUUGUUUGUUUGUUUGUUUGUUUGUUUAUCUAAUCAAAUAGUUCCAUUUGAACUGCAUAUCUUUAAAGCCCAGUGGUAGGUUGAGCUAGAAUUAAUGACAGGCAGAGCCUAAGUGGUUAUCAUAGAAUCAUAAAGUUGGAAGAGGGACUCCAAGGAUCACCUAGUCCAACCCUCUUGCAAUGCAGGAAUCUCAGCUAAAGCAUCCAAGACAGAUAGCCCAGCCAACCUCUGCUUAAAAACCUCCAAGGAAGGAGAGUCCACAACCUUCUGAGGGAGACCGUUCCACUGUCAAACAGCUCUUAUCGUCAGAAAAUUCUACCUGAUGUUUAGUCAGAAUCUCCUUUCUUGUAACUUGAAGCCAUUGGUUCAAGUACUACCCUCCAGAGGAGGAAAAAACAAGCUUUUGCUUCACCUUUUCUGUGACAGCCCUUUAGAUACUUGAAGAUGGCUCUCAUAUCUCCUCUUUUCUAGGCUAAACAUACCCAGCUCCUUCAACUGUUCCUCAGUAGGCUUGGUUUUCAGACCCUUGGUCAUUUUGGUUGCCCUCCUCUGCACACAUUCUAGCUUGUCAAUAUCUUAGACUGUUGCACCCAGAACAGGGUACAGUAUUCCAGGCGUGGUCUGGCCAAGGCGGAAUAGCAAGGUACUAUUACUUCCCUUGUCCUGGACACUACUUCUGUUGAUGCAGCCUGAAAUAGCAUUCAUUUUUUUUGCUGCUGUAUCACAAUGUUGGCCCAUGUUAAGCUUGUGGCGCACUAAGACCCCCAAUAUCCUUUUCACAUGUACUGCUUGUAAGCCAGGUGUCCCCCAUCUUAUAUUUGUGCAGCUGGUUCUCCCUGGUAGGUGAGGGCUUGCUGAGAGCAACUGAGGUUGGUGCAACAAUGACCCACUAUUAUUACUAUUACUAUUACUAUUAUUUAUUUAUACCCCACCCUUUCCCCUGAAAGGGACUCAAGGCAGCUUACAGAAAGAAAUAAGAACAGCUAAAAACAUAGGAGGAGGGGAAAUAAUAAAAAAAAGCAUUGACCUAUUCACCCUAAUGAUCCAGACUCUACUCAUUAAAACACAAUAAAAUGUUUUUAAAAGAUCAAAAAUGUAUACUACUAUUCUUGAUUCACCCCACCGAAUCCUUUCCUUGUAGCGUGCUGGAUAGGCGAGGCAUCUUGCAGCAGGAGAGUGCUGCCCUUGAAAGCAGUGCUGGACCCGAGCCCAACACUCAAGAAGAAGGGACCACAGAAAAACCCAGUGCCCAGGAAACCAGUGGUGACAGUGCCCUGCCAGAGGAGAGUGUGGUAAGUGUGGUAGAUGCCAGCUUGCUUUGAAUGUACUUAGUAAGCAGCUCUGCAAUCUGGUGGCCAAGGGCAGGGAAUUUGGUUGGGGUUUUCUCGGGCGGGGUGUGUGUGUGUGGGUGUGAUUUCUGCUAUGCAGUCCUAAAAGAAACCUCCAGGAAUUGCCAGUUUUCCUUCUGAAAUAGAUUUUUUUUUUAAUACUCUGCUGUGACUCACCCUUUAUUCUCUUCUCCCUCUUUUUUUCCUUUCUCCUCUCCAGCUCCCUGUGCCAACAGGCAAGGUGCCACAGGAAACAGCGCAGCCCCCUUCUGCAGCAGAACCAUCUGUUCCAUCCCUGGAUCACGAGCAGACAACGCACUAG